CGCGCGCAGGCAGCCGGGCCCGCGCGCCGCGCCGCCUCGUCCUCGCCCGGGGCUGCCCGGCCCCUCCCCUCCACCGCGAGCUGCGCACCGGCAGCCGGCUGACCCAGCAAGCAGCCCGCGCCCUUGUCCGCGCGAGCCGGCGGCGGGCUCCAGACAGCCGGCGACAUGAGCGGCGGCGACGACGUGGUGUGCACCGGCUGGCUGAGGAAAUCGCCUCCCGAGAAGAAGUUGAGGCGCUAUGCCUGGAAGAAACGCUGGUUCAUCCUACGGAGUGGCCGGAUGAGUGGUGACCCAGAUGUUCUGGAAUAUUACAAGAAUGAGCACUCCAAGAAACCCCUACGGAUCAUCAACCUGAACUUCUGUGAGCAAGUGGAUGCAGGCCUGACCUUCAACAAGAAAGAGCUUCAAGAUAGUUUUGUGUUUGAUAUCAAGACCAGUGAGCGUACUUUUUACCUGGUGGCUGAGACAGAGGCCGACAUGAAUAAGUGGGUCCAGAGCAUCUGCCAGAUCUGUGGCUUCAAUCAGGCUGAGGAGAGCACAGACUCCCUAAGAAACCUUUCUUCAGCCGGUCAUGGUCCCCGCUCUUCUCCAGCUGAGUUCAGCAGCUCCAGUCAGCACCUGCUCCGAGAAAGGAAGUCCUCAGUCCCUUCACACUCUAGCCAGCCCACUUUAUUCACCUUUGAGCCCCCUGUGUCAAGCCACAUCCAGCCUGCCUUGUCCACCAGUGCACCUCAGGAGUAUCUCUACUUGCACCAGUGCAUAAGCCGAAGGACAGAAAAUGCAAGGAGUGCCAGCUUCUCUCAGGGCACCCGGCAGAAGAGUGAUACAGCUGUGCAAAAACUUGCCCAGGGCAAUGGACACUGUAUCAACGGAGUCAGCGGUCAAGUCCAUGGCUUCUAUAGCCUUCCCAAGCCAAGCCGACACAAUACAGAAUUCAAAGACAGUACUUAUGACCUCCCCCGUAGCCUGGCUUCACACAGCCACACCAAGGGCAGCCUCACAGGGUCUGAGACAGAUAAUGAGGAUGUGUACACCUUCAAGACACCUAGCAACACCCUGUGUCGGGAAUUUGGAGACCUCCUAGUGGACAAUAUGGAUGUUCCAACCACCCCUCUCUCGACCUACCAGAUCCCUAGAACAUUCACAUUGGACAAGAACCACAAUGCCAUGACAGUGGCUACUCCUGCAGAUUCAGCCAUAGCUCCUCCACCCCGGCCCCCCAAGCCAAGUCAGGCAGAAACCCCUCGGUGGGGCAGCCCUCAGCAAAGACCUCCAGUCAGCGAAAAUAGCAGAUCUGUAGCUGCUACCAUCCCGAGGCGCAAUACUCUCCCCGCAAUGGACAACAGCAGACUCCACCGAGCUUCUUCCUGUGAGACCUAUGAGUACCCAACACGAAGUGGAGAGAGCGCCAGCUGGUCAUCUGAAUCUCCAGGGAAGACUGUCGUGGGCCGAUCAGACAGUGCCAGCUCUGAUGACAACUAUGUGCCCAUGAACCCAGGUUCUUCUACCCUGCUGGCUAUGGAACGAGCAGGGGACAAUUCCCAAAGUGUCUACAUCCCCAUGAGCCCAGGGCCCCAUCACUUUGACCCAUUAGUCUACCCAGCCACAGCCCUUCCUAUUCAUAGAGGCCCCAGCCGAGGAAGUGAGAUCCAGCCACCCCCAGUCAAUCGCAACCUCAAGCCUGACCGAAAAGCAAAGCCAACACCCCUUGACCUGAGAAACAAUGCUGUCAUCGAUGAGCUCCCUUUCAAGUCACCUGUCACCAAGUCUUGGUCCAGAGUCAACCACACCUUUAACUCCAGCUCUUCCCAGUACUGCCGUCCCAUCUCCACACAAAGCAUCACCAGCACAGACUCUGGAGACAGCGAGGAGAACUAUGUCCCUAUGCAAAACCCAGUGUCUGCAUCCCCUGUCCCCAGUGGUACCAACAGCCCAGCUCCGAAGAAGAGUACUGGCAGUGUGGAUUACCUAGCCCUGGACUUCCAGCCAGGCUCCCCGAGCCCUCACCGCAAGCCAUCCACAUCAUCUGUUACGUCGGAUGAGAAGGUAGACUAUGUCCAAGUGGAUAAAGAGAAGACCCAGGCCCUGCAGAACACCAUGCAGGAGUGGACAGAUGUGCGGCAGUCCUCAGAACCUUCCAAGGGUGCCAAGCUGUGACAAAGGGGGCCAUGGAGCUAAGGGCCAUGCGGCAGCUGCUUAGAGCUGGCCCUUCUUUGUCAUCUCCUUCUCCAUCCCUUCCCACAUCUCCUCUCUUCUGUGCCACUUUCAGCCUUUAAAGCACUCAACAUCAGGACCCCUGACCCCGCUUGGAGGCAAGGGCCUGAUGGAGAUUCUUCUUCUGCCACUUGGGGUCCACCUGUGACUUCUGUCAAUACUAGCUGUGCCUCCACCACCCUUGUUAGGAGCUGUUGCCAAAAAAAAGAGAAAAAGAAAAAAAAAAGCCUCCUGCUUUGGACCCAUUUGUCUGCUGCUUAGACUCUUAGAGGGAGGGCUGAGGCUCUGAGGCAGGCUCAUGCCUCUUGUCUGCUCACCGAUCUCUACCCUCUACCUCAGGGCUGCUUCUCCAUCCCUAGAGGAUGAUAACCCAGGGAGCCGAGGAUCAGCAGACUAAAGUAGACAUGGGCUUUCACAUCUCUGCUGUUUUUGGCAAAGGAAAGGCAAGGUGCCCCAAGAAGAAAUGGUUGGUAACGAAGGUCAGAAGUCGCUUUGAGUGACAAAGAAAUUAGGUCCCUAGACACAAAAGGGUAGCCAAUCACCUUCAGGGUGGUACCCAAUUAUCAGGCCAUGGUGCACACUGGUGUAGACUGGGAGAGACAAAGGAUGAAGGACAUCAAGAAGGAAAGGUGAUAAUGGCAAGCAACCAGGAACAAAGAACAGGGCUUGGGGUAGCAAUCCCUGGAGCUAGAGGACUCUGCCACUCUUGGACAGGCAGUGCUCUUUCCUGGCCCAGAUGGACAGUGAAGGCAGAGUGGGAGAGAGCAGAAGUAAUGCAGGAGCUGGGAUGCAGGGGGACCCUGGGACAGGAGUGUCCUAGGCACCAGGGACACUGCGGCAGCGAUGGAACAGAAAGCACGUUACUAGGAGGUGGGGGGGUGCAGAGAUGACUGGGGCUGGAAGGCUGGCCAUGCAGCAGGUAUCCAAAGGGCCUGACAGAGAGCCCAAGGUCACAAGAAGGAGUGCAGCAGGAAGGAGAAUGGGAAGGAGCCAUACUUGAUAAAAUCUAGGGAAUACAUGAAGGUCUGGGUAAUGGCUUGUGCCAGACAGAGGCACCUCUGACUAAGUGCCAGGCCAGGUCUUUUUCUCAGCUCUUUUCUAUGCUGUCCUCAGCUGCAGGGACAGUAGAGACUAUCCCUCUCCUCCUAUGGGAUCAGAGGGAUGAGAAGCAGACCUCACUUAAGGCUCCUAAGAUAGGGCAGGGAGAACUGAAUUUGUUUGUGUGGAAGGUUGUUGACCGAAUCUUCAAGCAUUUCAGAGAAAACAGGGCAAACCAGCAUUUUGUUUUGUCUUGAAGAACAGACCAUUGUCCUCUAAAUCUAGGACCUUUCAGCACUAGAGAGGCACACCUCUCCUGUCUCCUCUAGAGAGCCCUAACAAGGAGUUCCUUAGUAAUAACCCCUUUUCUCACACGAGGAUGGAUCAUUUGGUAAUGGUUGCCAAGCCCUGUGCCACAGAUGAAUCCUGAUUGUGGGUCACAAUCAG